AUGGCGUCGAGGCUGAUUUUCGCACAGGUGACGCUCGGCGCGAUGGAGCGGGUCAUGGCCGGCGAGUACGAGUACGACACCAUCAAACAGCACGAGUACGGGACCGUAGGUACCUCCGGUACCGUGGGAACCCUCAUUUCACGUACGGAAUUCACGACGGAAUCAGUUUUAACCUUCGACGCGUACCACGCCGUCUGCCUCGAGGACCUCGUGGCCUCGCGCGAGGCGUGCGGGGCGGCCUGGGCGGCCGCCGCCGCGACGUUGUUUGGCAAAGGCCCCUGGGGGAUUUUGUUCGGCGAGCGCGUCGCGAACGCGACGUGCGCCGGGGACGCGAGCCCCGUCGAACCGCACCACCGGGGACAUCUCCGGGCCCUCGUGCGCGCCAACGACGCGGCGCUCUUCGGGGGCCGCCUCGCGGCCGUCCAGCGGCGCGUCGCGGCGCGCGGCUGCGGCGGCGAGUGGACCACGCCCGCGCCGACGCCCGCGCCGGCGCCCGCGACCCCGGCGUCGAUGGACGGCCGGACGCCCGCGCGCCGCCAAGCGGACUACGCGCUCCGGGAACCUCAUGCGGAGGCUGGCCAGACUGAUAUGGUGACAGGCCCGAGAACCGCACGAAGAACCCACGUUGCUUUGCCUAGAGCUAGGCCGCCUAGCCACCACGACCGCCUCCUUGCGUGA